AUGGACAUUUGUGACCCCACCAUGGGCCUCUUUAGUCGACACAUGUUGCGGCUCUGUUUGGUCUCGGCGAUGCUGCACCUGGCCGUGCAGUAUUGCUAUGUGAUGAAGAUCUUGGGCCAGCGGGUCUGGGACACACCAAAAUAUGAGCUUCACAUGAUCCUGCACGAGAAGAACAACUCGCUGUCGUCGGUAACCAUUGUGCACGAGGAUGUGCAGAUACCAUUGUGGCAUCUGACGAUAAUGCAGCAUCCACGUGGUCGGAGUGGACGCGUCGAGACCGCACGCACUCUCUACAACUCGACAACGAAAACGUGCGAGUUCUUUAAAUAUAUUAAACGCGUACGUGUCUUCAACAAUGUCGCCCAAUUGAUGCUGUCGAGCGGAUCCAGCAAUCUCAGUCUCGACUGUCCGCUGAAGGCCGGCGUCUAUGCCCUGAAUGUGAUUCAAGUGCCACCAGAUACUGGAUUGCUCAAGUUUAUGUAUCAUCCAAACACCAUCUACACACUACACGGCACUGUCUACUCCCUCAGUCCGAAGGAUGGCGUCACCAAGACGCGCCUUUGCCGCUACGAGGUCAAUGGCACCAUUUUCAAGACAUGUUGA